CGAGUGGGAGGCGGCAUACAACCCGCGUUCCUUGGAUCCCGUGCAAAUACGGAACAUUAUUGACGCAAUGACGACGGCCUACUCUCAGGCCGAGAAGACUUAUGAGCUGCCGACACUAAAGCUCGCGCCUCUCGGGCUGGUUAAACCGACGCCCGGGGUGCGGGCGGAUCGUCUGAAGCCGGAGGACUGGAAGGACGAGCUGGCAGGGCAAUACUACUACUACGCUGUGGCGGGCCAGCAUAACGCGGCUGCGGCCAGGGCGCUACUUGGCACCGAUGUGGCGGUGAGGUACAACUUCGAGCGCUGGCCUGCACGAAUGGUGUACUUCUCGGAUGAGGACUUUGAGGGGUACUUUCUGGUCAGCGUCGAGGACAAUAAGAAAGACCUGAAGGCCCCUCCGAGACAGCCGAAACUCUCCAUGAGAGACAUUCGGUGGUGUUGGAAGGAAUUGGGUUACCCGAAAGCUGUUAUGGGUAACCCCAGCGGGAAACAGGCGCAGGUGGAGGCAUGGCGAAGAUUUUGUGCGGAGGCGCUCCACAGGACGCCGUACAAUCACUUGUGGACUCUCGCCGAUGACAAGACCGAGGAAGGAAUCAAGAAACAGAACGCUGCCCUUCGAUCCUGUUUCCCGCUAGCGAUGGCAGGGAAAAGCGCAUGGGAAACCGGGAUGGAAUUUUUCGAGAGAUGGGAAACGGGCAGACUGCUGGCACCGGAAGGAGCGAAGUGGAUCGCGAAGAAGAAGAAGGUGCAGGGCCUCAAGCCAGGGUCCUCCGCGUUGGCGAAGCAAGGGAAGCUGGGGAGGCAAGAGGCAGUGCAACUGGUGAAGUGCGAUCGCAUAUUGGUGCGGUUGUGGAACUACAACCAGUUCAAGCAUGAGAACCGCCCAAACAGUGACUGGACCACUAAGAAAGCGCACGCACAAGUCGUGUGGGAGGUUUUGAAGGGUGGUUGCAACGUCAUCGCGUUGGAGGGGAAUUCGGAGUGGUUGCAAUUCACGUUGGAUUUCCUGAAAACCGCAGUCAACUCGGGAGCAUACCGCUGCGAGUUAAUUACGAAGAGUGAGAAGCCAAGACGAGUUUGGGAUCCUUCGACGGGCAUGUGGUUCAAGCUAAGCGCCUGGAAAAGGAGCAGGAUCUACGAGUUCCUCUUCUUGGAGAAGCGUCCUGCGAGGGGCACCGACAUCGAGUACAUGCGCCGCAAGGAACACAUGUUGGCGCUGCUAGACAACUAUCACGGCGCCACGCGCCUGAACACGAAGAACUUCCUGGACCGACUGGAGUUAUUGUACUUUGUCGAAUCUGAGCCGGUCCUGAGACUCGAGAGUUACGGUGCCUUGAUCGACGCCGACGAAGAGUCUCUCACCGGUGUUGUCUUCGACACUAGUGCACCUGAGGAGGAUAGCGACACCGAGGAAAUUGACAUCGACUACCGCCUUGCUCCGGUGCUCCCAUCCCCGGCCUCCUUGUCGACGAUGGUGGACAAAGUGACGUCAGAGAACAACAACCUGCAACCCGCCGACCCGGCCAUCAUUGCCACUGCUGAUCGCUUGUUUCGGGAACUUCAUGACAAGCAGUGGUUGGAACUAUCUGACGAUUUCUACGACCUCGAGACGAGCCCCUCGAAGAAAAAGGGGAACUGGAAAGUACCCCCGUCGAUGGGGACCCAGGGUAGGGUGGGAGGAGGACCUCUGAGCCCCCCCGGGGCUGGAGGGGGCGGAGGCAGUGGCCACGAGGAAGGAGGUGGCGGAGGCAGUGGCCAUACGACAUCAGGGGGAAGCGCGCCGGCAUCAUCGCCUGCCCCUGGCGGUCAGGGCAGGAUCGCGCACAGCGGCGUGGGGGAAGGGGGGGUGAACAUCACACACUCCCCAACAGCAGGGAGCGGCAAGUCGGGGAAGUUCGCCCGCAUCCGAACUUCGCAGACGGAGGACCCAGUGCCCCUGGAGGCAGCGAAGUCGGCCGGCAUCCGCACUUCGACGACUGUGGAGCAGGCGGCCCUUCCCUCGUGGACUGCUUUCGGCUCCUCCGGUGAAGUUGGGCGGGGCUCAUGUGUAGGGGAUCCUGUCUCCGCCGUGAAGGGCAAGUCCGCGGGCAUCCCUACCAGGGCGGACGACGUUCAAGCGAGUGUACCGGUCCACUGGAGGUCUACAGGAGCACAGGCGUCGGAGAUGGGUGCCGCCCUGGCUGUGCGGGAGGCGACGUCGCCAGCCCUUGGACAAGGCCGAUCUGCGGAGUCACAGAGAGAGAUUGCUGGUGCAGCGCCGUCCGCCUUCCUUGCGAUGAAGUCCGCCGGUAUCCGUACUUCGUCCGUGACGUGCCUGCAGUCGGAGGAGGCAAGGACGGAGGAAGGUGCUACGUCUGUUCAUACAGACGACCGCUCCUUGGGAUCCGCCUUGAUGCGGCUGCAAGGAACCGAGUCGCAUGAGACUGACGGGGGGGAAGAAUGGGUGCAAGUCGAGGGCGGGGAAGAAGAGGGAGAAUGGGAGGAGGGGGGAGAAGGAGACGAAGGGCGAGAGAAGGAGUUGAUUACAUUGCCCGACAGGGAAGAUGGUGAAGAAGGAUGACCAGUAUUACGGACGAGGAAAGGGUGGAUGCCGGAGACGAGGAUGUCUGUGGGGAGACAUCUGAUUCUUUCGGUCUGGUGUAUGCCAGACCAGGUGAAGGUGAUAUCGACGACGACGCGACGGCGAUGGAGUGGGUUCCAGCAUGUGCGAGGCUUUGAGCCAGACCCCCUGAACUUACAAAAGGGUCUAACUCUCUGCCAGAUUUUUUUCUCUCUGAACCAUCAUGUAUGUGGCCGUCGCACAACGAUCUACGAUAAACAGUCUAUGUGCCAUACGCAGUUGUGGUCUAUGCACAAUUAGCCCCAGCCUACGACACUAGCCUAUGUACCGUCAACACACAACGUCCCCCUUGCCAAAAAUCCAGGGGUUUCUUCAUAGAACAAAACAUCACUGAGAGA